AUGGUGGUGGGCUCACAGGCGGUGGUGUUCUUCUGCUACAACCGAACGGUCACAUUGUUGUUCCAGUGGUGGUGUGGUGGCGUUGGUGCCCUCCGAUGGUGUUCUUGUGGUGGUGCCCUUUGUGUGUUCCGGUGGUGGUGCCCUCUGGUGGUGUUGUCCACCAGAGCUGCUAGCGGCAACCACGUGAGCUCUGGCCUACUAGUGUUGCUGGCAUCCAGUACAACCUGCUGCCCUUGCCUUCUUCGACCUGGAGCUGAUGCUCCAACUGCGUCCCCAUGCCCAAAAGUCAAGUUGUUGUUCUGGUGGUGGUGUGGUGGCGCUGGCGCCCUCCGUCGGUGUUCUGGUGGCGGUGCCCUCCGUUGGUAUUCUGGUGGUGGUGUCCUCUGGUGGUGUUGUUCACCGGAGCUGCUGCCGGCAACCACGGGAACUCCUGCUGCCGCUGGUGCUGCUGGCAGUCUAGUACGACCUGCUGCCCUUGCCUUCUUCGACCUGGACAUCUCCUACAUCACAACGUCCCCCCUCGGAAGCCCUAGUGGUGGAAGUUCAUCCAGGCGGCAACAUUUUGUAAAGGUGUCUUGUAAAGAAGUAGUCAUUGGAACACUACACGGCCCGUCCUCGUGCGACUCCGCAGACAUGGUCUAUCGCCAACUGGCUCGGGCGGUGCGGCUUGCCUCCGGUCCGUUAUGCCUUGACCCGGCGGCGUAUGCAGUACUGCUCCAUUUGUUGUAACACUAAGUAGUCGAAUUGUGUCGUCCAAAUCAGUAGGUGUAGUUCUUUCCCUCUGUAUUUCUUUAUUCUCUACUUGCACUUGUCAUCUUUAGUACAUUCAUAUACUCCAUGUAUACUUAAAUACCUAUGAGUUAUGCAUAGUACUAGUAGUUCUUUGUUUGCGAA